AUUCUUGCGAAGGCUGUUUUCGUUAUCAAGAGCUUUGCGUAAUGGUACCAGACCGUUCUCUUCGUUGUGCUGAGUGCAUCAAGCAAGGUCGGAAGUGUACGAGUCUGAGUUGGGAGGCCCUUGACCGGACUCGCGAAGAGACUCAGAAGAAGAUCGAUGCGGAUGAAGCGAUUCUUGAAGAGGUUAUGGCUCGUUUGUUGCGCAACAAGAAGAUCAUGCGACAAGCCGACAGCAGGGCGAAGGUCAAAGCCUCUCAUCUUGACGCUGAGUUGUCCGCGGAGGACGAAGCGCUUGCGGCUGCGGAUCCUGCAGAUUGUCCUGCUGCUUCGGUGGGCGUUACGGUGUCUCCUACCAUCUGGGGCACCUACGGUCUCAUCGGAGACGCGAUGCGCGUUGGCGAGUCGUCCGUUCCUUCUGCUGGAAGUCCUUCAACAGUAGUCGGCAAUUCGUCAGGUUCUUGAGUGGUUCCCAGUAUCUUCUCGACUUCGAAGACGUCGUUUUCAUAAUUCUCUUGGUGGAAGGUUUUUUGUAAUGGCGUUUCUGGGUCAGCUGGUUCUAGCUGAGAGACAUGGAAUGUCUGGUGUUUUCUGGUGUCGGAUGGUAGUGCAACUUGGUAGUUCACUGGUCCUGUUUGUUUGAUGAUCAAGAAGGGUCCGACCUUGACAUGGUCAAGUUUUUUGGAUGGUCUCCUUGUG